AUGCGAUCAACCAGGAGCACCGCCGCCGCAGCCAGACGUGCCACGACGUCCUCGUCGGUUAUGUGCAAGGGCUUCAAGACGGCCGUUCGAGACGACCACUGUUCUGAGCGCUACAAAGCAGAUUGCGCCAGACACGAGGAGAAUCUUGGUCGAGUCCGGCAAAGUCUCCUGCAGCUCGCAGAGGAGUAUGCAUCCCUUCUGGAGGCACAGGAGGCUGAGCACUUCGACUGGCUCUUUGCGUGGCAUCAGCGGCUUCUGCGAAGCAUCGCCGCUGUUGAAGGGAGUUCUGCAAGCAGCGAUUGGCGGGAAUUCAAGCGUAAAGCCUUCAAAGUGACGCAGGACGUUGCAGAGACAAAGAAAGCCGUGGCCGAGCAUGCGGAAGCUGUGCGUGUGCAGAUGGAUUGCCAGCAGCUGGAGGCCCAGCUCCGGAAGACACGGCGCUGUCUGGCACAGCUCGCGGCGGCUCAGCAGCGAGGCAAAGAGGAUGUCCGGCAGCUGGCUGAGCAGAGGGCGCGGGGUGGACGCGGAGCUACAGAGGAGGAGGCUCGUCGAAGCGAGCUGAAGACCUCGCUGGAGCGCCGCAGAAGGAAGGAGGAGCAGAUCGAAAGGCUGCGCAGCACCACCUCAGAGGCAGCAAAGAACUGCGCUGAGAUGCGAGCUGAACUUGAGGAGAUGAGGUCACUUGCCAAGCCCAUGCCUUCACAUGUGUACAAGAUGCGAAUGCAAAGGCUCAAGGCCGAGCUGAUCCUUCAGAGAGACGAGCACCUGGUAAACACCCAGAAGGCGUGCCAGCUCUCGGAGGAAGCCCAGUGUGAACUCUUCAGGGAGGAAUUGGCAGAGUUGCGGCGACGUUACCAGGAUCUCUCGAAGAAGCAGAUGCUUGCCAAAGCGGACCUGCAGGAGGCUUCUUCUGUGCUAGCCAAAAUUCCGACCGCCAGGAGCGCUGCUGCAACCCAGGUGCAAAAGGCUUGGCGUUGCAAGGCAGAGGUGUGGCAGCUGAAGGAGGCUCGGCGUGCGGCCGCAACUCUUCAGCGUGCCUGGCGAAGGACGUCGCGGCGACGUGCCGCCAAUCGCGGUAGGCGGCGGGAGCAUGCCAGGCGUCAUGCGGCUGCCACAGCGCUUCAGUGCUCCUGGCGCGGCGUAAAGGCAAGACGGAAGCUGUUCGAGCGCAUAGAGCUGCGAGGCAUUGAGGAGGAGGAGAGGGUGGGCGAGGAUGAUGAGCUCCCGGAUUUCUUGUCACAGACAGGGCCAGAACACCCCUUCAGCCCUACGCAGAUGGAAGCCGAUUCUCUGAUGGAGCUCACCGAGGACCAGAGCCCCUGCAGCCCCGGGGCCGCGAGUGAGGAUGCCGAGGUGACUCCAGCUCCUGUGCACGACGACAGUAGCUCUGACUACGAAGACAACCCGAGAGGACUCGAAGAGGAGCGCCCCAAAGAUUCGGAAGCGGAAACUCAAAGCCAUGGCGUGGAGGUGCCAGGGGUGAUCGAGAAAGGAGAUGGGAUUCCAGUCGCCACAGCACAAAGGACGCAAGAGAGCCCAGUUCCCAGGGACGAAAGCCCCAAGGACCGAGAUCCAGACGUAGAACAGCCAGAACGAGACGCAGAGGUGCACAGCGAAGAAGACGAGGCUGCAGUGGAUGAAGAGGUCGAAAGCCCCAAGGAUCGUGAUGCAGAAGGAGACGCAGAGGCGCAAAGAGAAGAAGACGAGGCUGCAGUGGAUGAAGAGGUCGAAAGCCCCAAGGAUCGUGAUGCAGAAGGAGACGCAGAGGCGCAAAGCGAAGAAGACGAGGCUGCAGUGGAUGAAGAGGUCGAAAGCCCCAAGGAUCGUGAUGCAGAAGGAGACGCAGAGGUGCGAAGCGAGGCAGAUGAGCCUGCAGCGGGCGAAGAGGUCGAAACUCGCAAGGAUCGUGAUGCAGAAGGAGACGCAGAAGCGCAAGUCGAGAAAGACGAGCCUGCAGUGGAAGAGGUCGAAAGUCGCAAGGAUCGUGAUGCAGAAGGAGACGCAGAGGUGCGAAGCGAGGAAGACGAGCCGGCAGUGGGGGAAGAGGUCGAAAGUCGCAAAGAUUGUGAUGCAGAAGGAGACGUAGAGGUGCGAAUCGAGGGAGAUGAGCCUGCAGCGGGCGAAGAGGUCGAAAGUCGCAAGGACCGUGAGGCAGAAGCAGACGCAGAGGCGCAAAUCGAGAAAGACGGGCCUGCAGUGGAAGAGGUCGAAAGUCGCAAGGACCGUGAUGCAGAAGGAGACGCAGAGGUGCGAAGCGAGGAAGAUGAGCCUGCAGCGGGCGAAGAGGCCGAAAGCCCCAAGGAUCGUGACGCAGAAGGAGACGCAGAGGCGCAAAGCGAAGAAGACGAGGCUGCAGUGGGCGAAGAGGUCGAAAGUCGCAAGGACCGUGAGGCAGAAGGAGACGCAGAGGUGCGAAGCGAGGAAGAUGAGCCUGCAGCGGGCGAAGAGGCCGAAAGCCCCAAGGAUCAUGACGCAGAAGGAGACGCAGAGGCGCAAAGCGAGAAAGAUGAGCUUGCAGCUGGCGAAGAGGCCGAAAGCCCCAACGAUCGUGACGAAGAAGGAGACGCAGAGGCGCAAAGCGAGGAAGAUGAGGCUGCAGCGGGCGAAGAGGUCGAAGGUCACAAGGCUCGCGAUGCAGAAGGAGACGCAGAGGCGCAAAGCGAGAAAGAUGAGCUUGCAGCUGGCGAAGAGGCCGAAAGCCCCAAGGAUCGUGACGAAGAAGGAGACGCAGAGGCGCAAAGCGAGGAAGAUGAGGCUGCAGCGGGCGAAGAGGUCGAAGGUCACAAGGCUCGCGAUGCAGAAGGAGACGCAGAGGCGCAAAGCGAGAAAGAUGAGCUUGCAGCUGGCGAAGAGGCCGAAAGCCCCAAGGAUCGUGACGAAGAAGGAGACGCAGAGGCGCAAAGCGAGGAAGAUGAGGCUGCAGCGGGCGAAGAGGUCGAAGGUCACAAGGCUCGCGAUGCAGAAGGAGACGCAGAGGCGCAAAGCGAGAAAGAUGAGCUUGCAGCUGGCGAAGAGGCCGAAAGCCCCAAGGAUCGUGACGAAGAAGGAGACGCAGAGGCGCAAAGCGAGGAAGAUGAGGCUGCAGCGGGCGAAGAGGUCGAAGGUCACAAGGCUCGCGAUGCAGAAGGAGACGCAGAGGCGCAAAGCGAGAAAGAUGAGCUUGCAGCUGGCGAAGAGGCCGAAAGCCCCAAGGAUCGUGACGAAGAAGGAGACGCAGGGGCGCAACACGAGAAAGAGGGGCCAACGGGUGAAGCGGAUGCAGAGGCGCAAAGCGAGAAAGAUGAGCCUGCAAUUCGUGAAGAUGUUGCAAACCACAAAGCUCCGUUUAACGAAGCUGAUGUUCCAAGAAGUGCUAAAGCACACCAGGAGCUCGAGCAGUCGAAACACGAUGCUGGUGAGGAUGCCGCGAAGGCAGUGGCCACUGCCCACGCGGGACAAGACGGCGAAGAGGCGCUUGCUUCAUCAGCUGGAGCAGCGGGCGAUGUCGCUGUGCACCGCAAGGACUCUUCUGCAGUCCGACCAUUCGAGGCCCACGAAGCAGCGGAUCGAGACGAGCCGGACCGGAGACCUUCCGUACCGUCGCCCACCAGAACGCCGGCGCCCAAAGCACCAGCGGCAGCGCCGCCAGUGCGAGCCCCGGCGAGGCCGAAAGCGCAGAGUGGACCUCAGCGGCCUCCAGCAAGAGCUUCAAAUGACUCGGACUCAGACGACUGA